GUUCUCCUCAUGCUGUAGCAAGCAAGCAUGGCGCCGAAAAACAAGCACCGUAAGAAAUCCAAAGGGGGCUAUAAGGUGUCCUUUCAGCCGGCUAAAGACGACAUGGAGGACGAAAACAGCGGUGGGGAGGAGGAGGAAGGUCCCGCGGAGGGGGGAGGUAAAGACAAGGGGAAGAAAGGAGAGGAAGAAGAGUUUAACCUGGACGAGGUUCUCCGGCUGGGAGGAACACAGGCUGACUACAUCCUGCUCGCCGGCCUGAAUGACAACGACAACGAGCUGGUGGACGGAGGAAAGAAAGGAGCGAUCGACGACCUGGAGGAGGGCGAGCUCGAGAAGUUCAUCGCCAAACUCGGCAUCCGAUCUAUCGAAGGACUGCAGGUCAUCCCCGACGAGCCGGAGGAAGUUGCUGAAGAGACGGAGAUUAAAGAGAGUGUAGAUAUUAAAGAGAGUAAAAAGGCCAAAGAGAAGGAGGUUGCUGCGGAGGAACAAACAUCCAGCGCGCUGCCAAAAGUGGAACCCAUACAGAAAGAGAAGAAGGUUAAAGAACCCAAGAAAAAGAAGCAGAACGUGAAUGUGUUUGAAUUCCAGCCGAGGAAAAUCCUGCUCAUCAAACCCGGGGGGAAGUGGUUCGACCUGGAGUACACCACCGAGGGCUCGGCGUCCCCGCAGGAUCCGUCGCUGGUCUCCCAGUACAAGGCGCUGGCCGUGCAGCUGUAUGAGGCGGACGUGGCGCUCUACAAGAGCAAGAAGAACCUGCAGAAAGGAGCCAACUCCAACUGGAUGAAGACGGUCGUGUCCUCCGGCGUGCUGGCGGACAGGAUGGCAGCCAUGACGGUGCUGAUCCAGGAUGCGCCAGUGCACACGCUGGAGCACGUGGAGAACCUGGUGGCCAUGGUGAAGAAGAAGGGCAGCCGGCGGAUGGGCCUGAUGGCGCUGGACACUCUGCGGGAGCUGCUGCUCUCCGACCUGCUGCCGGAGAACAGGAAGCUCCGAGCCUUCGCCGAGCACCCGUUCGACCAGCUGGAGGAGAAGGCGAGCGGCAACCGGGAUGCCCGCGACCGCCGCCUCAUCCUCUGGUACUUUGAGCACCACCUGAGGCACCACGUGGCAGAGUUUGUGGCAGCGCUGGACACUGUGGCUCACGACACGGUGGCGGCCACCAAAGCGAAGGCACUGGCGACGGCGCACGAGAUGUUGUGCAGCCGGCCGGAGCAGGAGCGGGCGCUGCUGAUGCAGGUCGUCAACAAGCUGGGCGACCCCGAGUACAAGACGGCGGCGAAGGCGUCCUACCUGCUGGAGUCGCUGCUGCACAAACACCCCAACAUGAAGGCGGUGGUGAGCUGCGAGGUGGAGCGCCUCAUGUUCCGGCCCAACAUCAGCCCCAAGGCGCAGUACUACGCCGUAUGCUUCCUCAGCCAGGUGAUGCUCAGCCACGACGAGUCCGACCUCGCCGCCAAGCUCAUCACCAUCUACUUCUCCUUCUUCCGCGCCUGCGUGAAGAAGAAGGACAUCGAGUCCAAGAUGCUGAGCGUCCUGCUGUCGGGCGUGAACCGGGCGUAUCCCUACGCCGGCACCGGGGACGAGAAGGUGAAGGAGCAGCUGGACACGCUGUUCAAAGUCGUACACCUGGUGAAGUUCAACACAGCCGUGCAGGCGCUCAUGCUGCUCUUCCAGGUGAUGGACUCGCAGCAGAGCAUCUCAGACCGCUACUACGUCGCUCUGUACAGGAAGCUGAUGGACCCCGGCCUCUCCUCCUCCUCUCGUCACAGCAUGUUCCUGAACCUCCUCUAUAAAUCCCUGAAGGCGGACAUCGUGCUCCGCCGGGUCAAAGCCUUCGUUAAGCGGCUGCUGCAGGUCAGUGCCGAGCAGAGCGCCUCUUUCGCCUGCGGGGCGCUCUUCCUCGUGUCCGAAGUGAUGAAGAGCAAGCCGGCGCUGAAGAUCCUGCUGCUGGAGGACGGGGACGGCGAGGAGGAGGCGUUCAAAGACCUCGCUGAGGAGGAUGAAGAUGAAGAGGAGCGCUUUGUGGACGCAGACAAACAGGAGGAAGAGCGAGUGCAGAGCCACAGGAGGCAAAGCCACAGGGCAAAGCCCAGUGCAUCAUGGGUACAUCACCAGAACCUGGAAGGAGGAAAGAGGCAGCAGAGCUAUGACCCGCUGCACAGAAACCCGUUGUUCUGCGGCGCCGACCACACAACGCUGUGGGAGCUGCAGAGGCUCGCCGCUCACUUCCACCCCUCAGUGUCGCUGUUUGCAAAAACCAUCCUGGAGGGCGGGUCCAUCCUGUACUCCGGGGAUCCUCUGCAGGACUUCACUCUGACCCGGUUCCUCGAUCGCUUCGUCUUCAGAAACCCAAAACAGAUGAAGGGAAAACAACACACAGACUCUUCGGCGCUGACGCCCAGACAGAGGUUCCCUCUCAAAUCUGUACCAGUGAACUGUGAGGAGUUCCUGACUAAAGACGAGAGUCUGAUCCCCGUCGAUCAGAUCUUCUUCCACCGCUUCUUCAGGAAGCGUCAUCAGGAGAAGCAGCUGAAGGUCCGCCGGCCUCGAGGAGACGGAGACAACGAGAGCGUGGAGGACGUGGACGACGAGGAGUUUGAGAAAAUGCUCGACUCCUGCGAGCCAGACUCGUACUUCACGGACAUGGCCGACGAUGAUCUGGACUUUGCAGGUAAUGUGAAGGCUAAGAAGAAGAAGAAGAAGGAAGGGGAGGCGUCGGACUCGGACGAGUCGGACGUGGACCUGGACGAUGAGGAGGUGUCUCUGGGCAGCAUGGACGAGGAAGACUUCGGAGACGAGCUGGAGGAAGAGGGGGGCAUGUUUAUGGAUCCCGACGGGGAGGAAGACGAGGAUGAUGAAGAAGUUCCAGAGCUGGAGGAUGAUCCAUUCGGUGUUUCAGACGAUGAGAUGGAAGUUCCUGACAUCACCCCUCGCACCAAGAAGGGGAAGAGGAAAUCCUCCGAGGAGCCCGACUUCUCUUUAGGUCCGAAGCAAGGGAAGAAGAAGGGAAGGAAAGACACAGCCAUGUUUGCGUCUGCAGAAGAGUUUGGCUCCCUGCUGGACGAGAACACCGGCUCCAAGUUCGACAACAUCGGGCUCAACGCGAUGGCCAACACCGACAAAGCAGGCCAGAAGCAGCUGAAGUGGGAGGCUAACCGAGACGACUGGAUGCAGGGCCGCGACGCCAAGACGAUGCGGAAGAAGAAGACCAUGUUCAACAAGAGGAAGGCUUUCGGGCGACCCAGGGCGGGAGGGAAGACCUUCGGGAAGAGGAAGAAGUAGCAGCUGCCGUGUGAUAGUGGAGGUUUUUAUUGAGGGACAUGUUCAGUCCUGUUCGACCGACCAGGCGGCGAGGUCUUUCUCCCGGACGCCGUGGACCCCCGCCCACUCGUUGGACUGGUAGUAAACUGGGAGGAAACAGAGGAGCGUUAACCGAGCGGAGGAGCAGCCCUGUUUGUGUUUUUGUAAAGAUAAAGGACCUUGUUUGUUUAACAGAUUUCAUGUUCAUCUACAGGAAUACGAGUUAUUUUGUAAAGUAAAGAGCCCAUAUUUUCAGUUCUGAUUCAUUAAACUUUUAAAUGGGUAUCUGU